AUGGUAAAAAGGCUUCUUCAUCCUUUGAUUCAAUUAUUUAAAGCCACACUUCCCUCUCAUCAGAGGUUGGAAAAGAAGACCGAAGAUGCUAAAUGUCAGAAGUUCUAUGAUAAGUUGAAGCAACUUUCCAUGAACAUCCCUUUUAUGGAUGCUAUCAAAGAGAUGUCCAGAUUUGCAAAGUAUUUUAAAGAAUUGCUGACAAAUAAGAGGUCGGUGAAGCAUGACACUGUGAGUGUGACUCACCGUGUUAGCUCUAUUAUAUCCACCACCAAUGUUCAAAAGAAGGAGGAUCCAAGGGCCUUUACUAUUCCUUGUUCGGUUGGUCAGAAUGAUUUUGUUCGCGCUUUAUGUGAUAACGGGGCUAGCAUAAAUGUCAUGCCUCUUGCUAUUUUUAAGCAAUCGGGUUUUGGAAUUCCUAGACCUACUUCUAGUCAAUUACAGAUGACUGACAGAUCUAUUAAGAGACCGGUUGCUGUGGUAGAUGAUGUUCUUGUAUGGGUUGGUGAUUUUCUGUUCCUCGUGAAUUUUUUGAUUCUGGAUUAUGCUGUUGAUCGGGACAUUCCCAUUAUUUUGAGGAGACCUUUCCCUACCACGGAAAGGGUUCUUAUGGAUUCGGAAAAGAAUGAAAUAAAAUUCUGA